AUGCCUACACCUGCCCUGCCUCAGCCCGCCCACCCAGAGCUCGAUUCAAUGCUGACGAGGAAGUUUGGCCGCGAAGUUGCCAACUACUUUGCUGGCUCACCAUUGAACCGCUUUGGCUUCCUCCGCAGCGACAAUGUCUUUCUUUCUGGAGCUCUCAGGCAUCCGUCGACCAAGUUCCUUGCUUGCAACAACCUGCAGCCAUUGACCAAGGACAAGGCCAACCUCGCCUACAUCCAGUACAAAGAUGUCCAGCCCAUCAUUGGCGAAGACCCCUACGCCACGCCCGAGGCCAAGAUGAUCGAGACAUACAACUCCAAGACGUUUAUCCCUCAGAUGAUCUUCCUCGGCCUGGACGAGUCGGUCAAGGACAACUCGUUCAGCUACGAGGCAAAGAAUGCCGUCCACAAGGGUGCUCCCUACUUUGCCAUCGACGUCACCCCCAAGGACCCUCUGACCCAGCAAUGCAACGACUUGAUCAAGGCCUGCGAAGACAAAGGCCUCACUUUCCAACAGGGCCGCUCCAUGGACCUAGUAGCCGGCGACGCAGCAAUCUACGCCGAAGCCCGCCAACUCCUCGACUGGAACAUGCGCAACCCUUUCUGUGCUCAAUGCGGCCACCCUACCCUCUCCGUCAACGGCGGCUUCAAGCGCACCUGCCCACCCACAGAUACAGGCUCUCUUCCCUCCACCGCCCUCUCCACCUCCAACACCCCCGCCUCCAGCAUCGACCGUCCCGCCUGCGCAACCAGAAAAGGCGUCUCUAAUCUCAGUNUUCCCCGCACAGACCCCACCAUCAUCGUCGCCGUCGUAAACGCUGCAGGCGACAAACUCCUCCUCGGCCGCAGCAAGCGCUUCCCUAAAUACUGGUACUCCACUCUCGCCGGCUUCUGCGAACCCGCAGAGUCCAUCGAAGAAGCCACCCGCCGCGAGGUCUGGGAGGAAGCAGGUAUCCAUCUCGGCCGUGUAAUCAUUCACUCCACGCAACCUUGGCCUUACCCUGCAAACCUCAUGAUCGGCGCCAUUGGCCAAAGCGUGCCCGACGGCGAAACCAUCGAUCUCGGAAAUGAUCCAGAGUUGGAAGAUGCAAAGUGGUUUACCUUUGACGAGGUGAGGACGGCUUUGCGGGUGGGGACGAGUGGGCUGGACGAGNGGCCCCAGCCAGAGUACAAAGAGGGUGACUUGAGGUUGCCGCCGCAGACGGCCAUUGCCAAUCAGCUCAUCAGUGCUGUUGUUGAAAAGGGCUUUUUGGCUGCCGAGCCAAAGAUGUAG